AGCUAGCCUCAGCCACAGAGCAGCGAGACGCAUGCGCUGCUUGUGGGGCUUGUGCCAACGAUGAAAUUUGGCAAGACCUUUGAGACGCACCUGACCAUCGAAUGGCGGCAGCAGUACAUGCGAUAUACGGACCUGAAGACGCUGAUACGGCGCGGCGUGGACGGUGCCCCAACGGGGGAUGCGGUAAGCCAAGCGGAGCUCAAUGCCUACUAUGCCGCCUUCGAAGAGCAGUUCUUUACGGAGUGCCAGCACGAGCUGACACGGGUAAACAAUUUCUUUCUGGAGAAGCUGGCCGAGGCACGACGCAAACAUGGCACACUCAAGCUACAGCUGUUGGCAACGGCGCGAGCACCUGGCCACACAGCCAGCUCCUAUUCCCUGAAUUCGCAACGGCCGUCGGCGGUGAGCGUGCGCGCGAAUAGCAGCAGCAGCAACCGGAAGCUGAUGACCCAGCGACAGCUGCGCAAUGCCUAUAGCGAAUUCUAUUUGACGCUGGUGCUGUUGCAGAAUUUUCAGUCCCUGAACGAGACCGGCUUCCGUAAGAUCUGUAAGAAGUAUGACAAGCAUCUGAGAUCGACGCGCGGCGCCGACUGGAUGGAGCGCAACGUUAUCUACGCCCCCUUCACUGAUCAGCACGCCCUACAGCGCAUGGUUGUCGAGGUCGAGGAGCUGUAUACCCAUUAUUUGGCCGGGGGCGAUCGAUCGCGGGCGAUGACCAAGCUGCGUGUGCCGCCCCUCGGCCAGCCGACGCCGGCGCGGAUUGUCUUCCGUGCCGGUCUGGCUCUGGGCAUGUUCCUUAUGCUCGCGUUCACCACGCUCUUCAGCUACUUCCGGAGGCCGCCGGUGCAGGGCAACAUUGAGGCGUUCAUGCGCCUCUACCGUGGACCCUUCACGUGGGUGAUAUUUAACUUUUAUAUGGCCGCCAAUGUGGCCGGCUGGCAGCGAGCGGGCGUCAAUCAUGUGCUCAUCUUUGAGAUCGAUCCGCGCAGUCACCUGCAGCCGGCCACAUUUCUGGAGAUCGCUUGCACCUUUGGCCUGCUGUGGACGCUGUCAAUAUUGGGCUUUCUGUUCCACGAUCUGAUACAUGUGCACGAUCCGUUCGUCUUCCCGCUGGCGCUGACCCUGAUCAUGAUCAUGCUGCUGAUUAAUCCGCUGCCUAUCAUGAACUGGCCCGCCCGCUGGUGGACGAUGCGGCUGGUUGGGCGCGUCAUAACCGCACCGCUGCACUAUGUGGGAUUCGCCGACUUCUGGAUGGGCGAUCAAAUGAACUCCCUGGUGACCUGCAUGGCCGACUACUAUUAUAUUGUGCGCUUCUAUGUUGUCUGCUGGCUGCGCUAUGCCAGCGUUGACUUCUGCUUCGAGGAGGACAUGUUUGUGCCCAUCUCACGCUGCCUGCCCGCCUGGUUUCGCUUUGCCCAGUGCCUGAGACGGUUCCGGGACAGCGGCUCAAAGUCGGCCAGCUAUCUGAUCAAUGCCGGGAAAUAUUCAACAACCUUCUUUGUGGUCUUCUUUUCGACAAUGCGCGGACGCACGGAUGAUGGCUAUGCGAAUACGUUUAGCAAUCCGUACACCUGGUUCUUUAUACUGAGCUACAUUGUGUCGACCAUCUAUUGCUAUCUGUGGGACGUGUUCAAGGACUUUGGCAUAUUCAAGAUCUGGCGGGGCGAGCAUUUGUUUUUGCGCGAGAAGCUUGUCUAUCCGCAGGCCUUCUACUACUUUGUCAUCAUUGAGAAUCUGAUCCUGCGCUGCUUUUGGGCUGUCGAGUUUCUGGUGCUCUACCACAAGCUGAUCACGCCCUACAACAUCAAGACCUUUGCCAGCAUCCUAGAGAUCACGCGUCGCUUCAUAUGGAAUUAUAUACGGCUGGAGAAUGAGCAUUUGUAUAAUUGCGGCCAUUUUCGUGCCACGCGCGACAUCCAUUUGGCCGCGCUCAAUUCCCAGCAGGAGCGCAUGCUCGAGAAUAUGAUGGGCGAGCCAGACGGCGCUGCGCCCGGCACCGCCGCCCACGCCGGCCGCAAGCCCGACGAACGUCGUCGUCUGGGCAAGGAAUACUUCUAGGUGCUCAAACGCAGCUGUUCCCGGUCUGUUAUUCGCCAUGCGCCAUGCGCCAUUCGCCAUUCGACAUGCUCAUGUGUGUGCGUGUGUCCAUUGGCCCGUUUGCCGUUAAUGUUAAUGGCCCUCCGUCAUCGUCGUUGUCAUUUAAGCCACUUCUUUAAUUAAUUCAUUUGUGCAAAAAGAAAAAGCAAAAGAAAAU